AGAUGUAUAUUCUUGCGCCAGGACGUAUCGCGUAUCACUCACGCACCACGCUCGCUCUCACCCUCUUACCUCAUGACCAUCUCGUUCUGCUCAGCUUUUUAAUGUAGUUUUCGUUACUGCGCUGCUCAUGGUCUUAUGCUAGUCAUCGUUCACGUUAUCUUUCACGUUCCAAUAGUUCUAUCCGGAUGAGGAGAGGGCUUAGUAGAGCGCUUGGUAAUUAUUUCCCUCCUGAUUCCCUCGAUCACCAACGUCAGUUUAAACAUCCCGCCCAAAGUAAAUAUUUUGUUUUAUGAGAAUGUCUACAGUCCGCAAAACAAGGAGGGGAGAAGCAGAGCAGAAAGCCGUGGUCGUGUGUUGUGUUGUGUGUUACCUUUAGCUUGGUUGUCAUGUCAGGCUGUCAUAUCAAUGUUAAGAAAGUUGUGUGUUUUCUUGCGAUUUGGGGCUUUGGGAGGAAACCUUCAAACUGAUUAAGGCGUAGACGUUGUAUUUGGUACAACUACGAUAUUGAUAAAGUAAAGUUUCGGCUCAUACCAUCAAGUCUCUACCGCCCUAACGAGACCUAUUUUUAGGUUUUUGUGUACGCUUUUUGUAUGUCUUUUGCAUGAUUACACACUUGUCUACCAUUCUACCGCCAAAAAUUGAGAUCAAUUUAAAUUUGUAGGCCAAAAUGGCCUCGAAUGACAACAUUUUGAACCUAGUGAAGAGCAGAGAAAUCGAUGAUAAGAUUGCUAGGAAGGUUCAGAGUCGUUUACAUGUGACAGAGGACUUGAUACUACGUCUUGGCCUAGAAAGAGAAUUGGAGGGACAUACCGGCUGUGUCAACUGUCUAGAGUGGAAUUCUACUGGAGAAUUGUUGGCCUCUGCCUCUGAUGACUUCCACGUCAUUGUAUGGGAUCCAUUUCGCCAUAAAGCACUCCACACUGUUGCAACAAACCAUCAAGGAAAUAUUUUCUCUGUCAAGUUCAUGCCCAAAACCAAUGACAGUAUUCUAAUUUCUGGCGCAGCAGAUUACAUGAUAAAUGUACAUGAUAUAAAGCUUCAUGAAACUAUUAGUGUGUGUACAUGCCACUCUAGCCGAGUUAAAAGACUAGCUGUUUGUCCUGAAACACCAUCAUUGUUUUGGAGUUCUUCAGAGGAUGGCACCAUAAGACAAUUUGACCUUCGUGCCCCACAUGUCUGUCGGAGUGAGAGUGAUAAUGUUCUAAUUUAUCUGAAACACUGUUUUGGAAAGCUUGCUGAAGCUAAAUGUCUUGCUGUUAAUCCGGUCAGAUCUGAACUGUUGGCUGUUGGUGCCAAUGACCCCUUUGUUCGCCUAUAUGAUCGGCGGAUGAUACGUCCGACAACAGUGCCAAAAGCCGAUCAGCGCCUUUUGGAAAAUGGAAAUGAUUUGACAAAAUCAGAUCAUUUACCUGAUGGCUGUGCUGAAUAUUUUGUAGCAGGACAUUUAUCUAGCCGUGAUCCUGUACAUAGAAAACACAGAAGUCUUGCAUCCACAUAUGUUACUUUUGGUGCCAAUGGCCGAGACCUACUUGUGAAUCUAGGUGGAGAGCAAAUUUACCUCUUUGACAUAUAUACUAAAACUGCUGCCCAGUUUUAUGACUUCAAGUCAUCGCCUUACUACUUUGAUGAUGCUGGAACAUCUAGCAAUGAAUGCACUUUGAAACAAGUCCAAGGUCCAACCCAUGGAUAUGUAAAUGGUACCUUGGAGCUCAAUCGUUGGAUACAUACUAAGGUUGAAGAGGCCAAUGCUGAUCCUUUCACAUCUCGUCCUCCUCUCCCACGUCGUGUUGAAAGCUUGAGGCUAAGAGCCAAUAAUGCCUUUGAGAACCUGGACUAUCCAACUGCUGUACGACUCUAUAAUGAAGCUAUCAGUAUGUCUUCCGAUAGCGCUGUUCUCUUUGGCAACAGAGCUGCAGCCUUAAUGAAGCGCGACUGGGAUGGUGAUGUAUAUGCAGCUCUCAGAGAUUGUCAAAGGACGCUAGAGCUAGAACCAAACCAUUACAAAGCUCAUUUUAGGAUGAUUCGGUGCCUUCAUGAAUUGCAAUGGACCACAGCAGCUGUUGAUUGUUUAAAGGUUUUCAAAAACAAAUAUCCAUCUCAUUCUCAGAAUACAUCUUGUAGAGCUCUAGAAAAAGACAUAGAGAUAGUGGCAUCCAAGAUUAAAGUAACUGAAGAUGAAAGAAUGUCUAACCCUUGGGAUUUAUUUCGACUAACUCGAUCUCCACAAGAGCAAAAAUGGCAGGAAAAUGCUUUGGACUAUGAAAAGCGGUUUUGUGGUCAUUGCAACACUACAACUGACAUUAAAGAAGCAAACUUUUUCGGAGAAGAUGGGCAAUUUAUUGUUGCUGGUUCUGAUGAUGGUUCCAUGUACUUUUGGGAACGCAAUACUACCAACAAUAUACGCAUAUUGAAAGGGGAUGCUUCCAUUGUCAACUGCCUACAGCCUCAUCCUACGUUUUGUCUGAUGGCUACAUCAGGCAUUGACCCUGUUGUUCGACUCUGGAGCCCACUCCCUCAGGAUGGACGAAAGGAUGAUAGAGAGGUGAGCAACAAGGAUGUUGCUGCAAAAGAAAACCAAAAGCGAAUGAAGGCAGAUCCAUUUGAUUUUGUCCUGAUGAAUUACAUGGGCUAUAAUCCCGAUCAAGUUCAACCUGACCCUAAUGGAGAGGAUGAUGAUGAAGACUUCAUGAGUAGGGUACCUCCUGACUGCUCAUGUCGUCCUAGCUAGCAUUCUGUUAAUGCCGGCAGGGAGCAAUUUUAUUUAUGCCAAUUAUGUCUUUGGUUUGUUGGUUUGGAUAUUAUCCUUCCUUUGUACCAAGUUUUGACCAAUAUCAAUAUCUCAAUUUUCAUGACUAGUAAGCUCUAACUGAGUCAAUUCAAAACACAUUUUCUACCUAGAAUUCUCGUAAUAAAAAGUAUUUUUUUAGGUCAACAACAGCAGCUUACUUUUGUCAACGUGUUAACCAUCAAUGUUUUCAGAUCUCAUGAUAAUAAUAUGCGACAGUCUCUUAUCUUGUAUUAUUUUGGUAAACAUGAUAAAAUGGUUGUGAUUAUUAGAACAGUUUUCUUUUUUAAAGUUAAGUGUUUCAAUAGUUCAAAUCUCAAAUUUUCUCUGCAGACAGAUACUGAUACCCUCUAAUAGCAGCAAGUGCAGCAGAGGGUGUUGCUAUCAAUUGGUUGUCAUUGGAUUUGGAUGUAUCUGUACUUUGUAAGUAAUUCAAAGCAUUGCAGUGGCAAGUCAUCAAUACCAUACAAACUCUUCUACAAGUUUUAUGUAAUUGUCCUCCUGUCAUACUGUCACGUCCUAACUGGAUGUUAAGUCAUCUCUGGAUCAUUUUCUUUAAUUAUGUGAUUUAUUGUAGGGCUGCUAAAAAUGUGUGUGCCAUCCUAAUGACCAAAACUAUAAGUCUUUUACUAUCUAAAGUUGACUGCAUUUUAAAUUUAAGUUCACAUUCAAAACAUUAGUAAAUAUGAUUUUGGUCAGCAUUGAUGUGAGAUUUUAUCUAUUGGCUUGUUUCUUAGGAUUAGAUACAAUGCUCUUGGCUGACAAUUUUGACAAUGAUCAGUUUCUCUUCUGUUAUUGUUACAAUCAAUAACUGUAUGAGGCAAGUAAUCUCUAAAUGGUUGUCUUUGUUAAAGAUGUCAAGCCCAACUACAUGCUAUGUUCAAUUAUCUCCAUCUCCUCUCCUUUUGCAGUCUUUGUCCUUUUUCUUUUCUUUUUUAUGAGCAUGACAACUUUUGUGAGUACAGGUUGAAUUGAAUCGAACUCUACAAAUUUUGGGUGGUAUAUUAUCUGAGUCAACCCAUGAUAACAUGUGAUAUGUAAAACCGAUUAGAUAUAGGUUAUUGUUAAAACUUCUACGACUGAAUGUGAAUGUUGGUGUUAUGUGAUUCCCUGAUUUCUUGCAAUGUGCAGAUCACAAAGUAAGAAAAUCGGUAGCUUUGUGAUAAUAUUUGUACUACUCCAAUAAGAUAAGAUAUAAAAUAGUAUAUGUGAAUUUCUUGAAUGUGCAUUAUGCGCUUUAGAUCUUUUCAAUAUGAGUAAAUGUAUAACAUAAAAAUAUCUUUAUUACAUGUACAUAUACGUGCUCAUAUGUAUAUUAGAGGGUAGCGUAAAAAAAGGAUUUGAGAUAUUGAAACGGCGGGUAUGCGGAAAAGUUGUCUUUUUAGAUGUAGAAUCCAGUGCAAUUUUUUAUUUUGAAAUCGGACAAUAUUUUCCGAUUGCGCAACGAGUUCAAAGUUAUGCAUUAGCUCUUAUGGGGAAAAUCGUCAAAAACCAUUAAAAAAUAAAAAUCCAAAAUUUAGACUUUGUACGUGAUGUUUUUUGAAAAUCUGUUUUCAGAAAUGCAAUCUACGCCAAAAAAGGCAUCCGGUGAUGUAUCACACUUGAUAUUGCAACCCAUGGUUUAGGCGGUGUAGGCUGCAUAAAUUCAUGACUUUUGUGCAAUUUGAUGCAAUUUGGGCUUAAAUUGAUACCUGGCCGACACUGAACCGCUCACUAUAAUGUCAAGUGUGACACAUCAGUGGAUGCCUUUUAUGGCGUAGAUUGCAUUUCUGAAAACAGAUUUUCAAAAAACAUCACAUACAAAGCCCAAAUUUUCGAUUUUCAUUUUUUCACGGUUUUGGACGAUUUUUCCCAUAAGAUCUAAUGCAUAACUUUGAACUCGUUGCGCGAUCGGAAAAUAUUGUCCGAUCUCAAAAUAAAAAAUUGCACUGGAUUCUACAUCUAAAAAGACAACUUUUCCGCAUACCCGCCAUUUCAAUAUCUCAAAUCCUUUUUUUACGCUACCCUCUAAUGUAUAUGUCAUGGAUAUUUUAAAUUAAAUUAACUGUUUGUGUAUAUGUGAAGCCUUUUACUUAAAUACUUAAGGUUUGUUGUUUUUAUCUUUUGAAAAUAUUUAUGAGCUGCUAAUGUGACCCUAAAAAUUGCACGCUAUCUACUGCAUUUGUGUUGGGGAUUUGCUUCUGUUUAUAUUUAGAGAAUCCAGGAUUGCCUGUAUGUAGACAUCUAGUGUCCAUAAAUAGUUCACAUUCUAAGCAGCAUUCUGUUUUACUGAUGAAAUAAAACGAAAGCCAGCGCUAGUCUCAUUA